AUUUUGCACUUUUCAGUUCAGAAUUUUGACAAUUCUAAUUUAAAUUCUCUAUUUGCAAAAUAAUAGAUAUUUAAAUAUUUAAUUUUUCUAAUCUAUUCUUUUUUGAAUAUAUUCAAAUUAGUAGGAAAUCAUGUCAAGACAAAGAUUCGAUACCAAAAAAGUGAAUUCUGAAUUAGUUACUCUCACAUAUGGUACGUUAGUUGCACAAAUGGUAAAAGAUUUCGAUAACCCAGACGAUGUGAGCAAACAGCUCGAUAGAAUCGGUUACAACAUGGGAAUACGUCUUAUAGAAGAUUUUCUAAGCAAAACUGGGACAGGCCGAUGUUUAGACCUAAAAGACACAGCAGAUAAAAUUCAAAGUGCUUUUCGACUAUACCUGGGUGUCCAACCAAAUGUAGUUAACUGGAGUCCCGCGGGAGACGAGUUUUCAUUUAUAUUAGACAGCAAUCCGCUCACUGAAUUAGUCGAACUACCUGAAGAUCUCAAACAAUUGAAAUAUUGUAAUAUUAUAUGUGGUGCAAUACGAGGGGCUCUGGAAAUGGUUCAGUUGGAUGUACAGAGCUGGGUUGUACAGGAUCAGUUAAAAGGAGAUCAAAACACAGAAAUAAGGGUGAAAUUUAUAAGAAGAUUAGAGGACGCAAUGCCUGCUGGAGAGGAAUAAUUACACACAUAGUAACUUAAUUAUUCUUAAUACAUAUUUAUUAAAUUUAUAUAAGAAAAUAAAUAUUUGUAUAAUUUUUGUACAAAACUUAUGUUAAGUAUUAUAUCUUAUAAUAUUUUAUAUUUUUAAUUGUAGUUAAGUGAUCAAAGUUAUAAAUCUUGGGCUAAAUAAAGUCCACAUACACAUUA